AUGCGGACCCACGUGUACUCUACCUUCGUGGACCUGACGAAAGUCUUCGACACGGUGAAUCGUGAAGGACUGUGGAAGAUAAUGCAGAAAUUCGGCUGUCCGGAGCGACUAAUUCAGAUGGUGCGUCAGCUGCACGACGGCAUGAUGGCACGAGUCACGGACAACGGGGCCGUUUCAGAGGCAUUCGCAGUGACCAAUGGAGUGAAGCAGGGAUGCGUGCUGGCGCCUACCCUCUUCACUCUUAUGUUCUCUGCCAUGCUGAUGGACGCCUACCGUGAUGAAGGCACCGGGAUUCGUAUCGCCUACAGGACAGACGGCCACCUCCUGAAUCCACGGCGGAUGCACUUCCAAUCACGCGUAUCCACAACCACCGUUCACGAACUCCUCUUCGCCGACGAUUGCGCCCUGAACACUACCUCGGAAGAGGAGAUGCAACGGAGCAUAGACCUGUUCUCCGCCGCCUGCGAGAACUUUGGGCUGGUCAUCAACACGCAGAAGACGGUGGUCAUGCAUCAACCGCCAGCCAACACAGCCACAGCCCCCAACGCGCCGCAAAUCAGUGUGAACGGAACCCUACUGCAAGUGGGGGAUGACUUCCCGUACCUGGGCAGCACCCUCUCCCUUAACACCAAAUUCGAUGACGAAGUGACACGCCGGAUUUCGAAAGCCAGUCAGGCCUUCGGUCGCCUCCAAAGCACCGUCUGGCAUCGUCAUGGUCUCCAACUGAGCACGAAGCUGAAGAUGUAUAAGGCCAUCAUCUUGCCGACGCUACUGUAUGGAGCGGAGACUUGGACGCUGUACACAAAGCAGGCACGCCGACUGAACCACUUCCACCUCAGUUGUCUUCGUCGCAUCCUGAGGCUGAACAGGCAGGAUCGAAUCCCCGAUACUGAUGUGCUGGAACGGACGGGAAUCCUCAGCAUCUACAUCAUGUUGAGACAAAUGUAAAUGCGUUUGAGCGGCCACCUGGUGCGCAUGGACGACGAGCGACUACCCAAGCGAUUCUUCUACGGAGACGUCGCGACGGUUUCGCAUCGUCAAGGAGGCCAAAUUCGCCGGUACAAAGAUACUCUGAAGUCCUCCCUGAAGCGUCUGCAAAUAAAUUCGACCACCUAGGAAGAUCUUGUUCACGACCGUCUGACAUGGAAGAGGACAAUGAGGAUAGGCACUGCGAUCUGUGAAGCCAACCGCAUUGCCGCCGCCAAAGUGAAACGCGAAGCGCGCAAAUCACAGCGACGCCGAGUCCGCAACGCCGAGGCACGACCGUUUCCAACGUGUCCUCGGUGUCAACGGACACUCCGGGCACGAGUUGGACUUAUUGGACACCUUUGGAUCAACUGCGCCUCUCGGACCGCACCAAACGUCUUCCCUCCGCCAGCAUCUUCCUCGUCCUCUUCGUCGCCAACUAACCCUGACUACUCUUCUGAACCACCACUUCCAUCGUCGUAGUCGUCGUCGUCGUCGUCAUCAUCAGCAUCAUCAUCCUCCUCACCCUCUUCCUCUUCUUCUUCUUCCUCCUCCUCCUCCUACUCCUCCUACUCCCCCGGCUCCUCCUCCGCCACUACCCCAACGACGGCCGCUCUGGCGGCUGUCACGCACGACAACACAACAACAGACACCAUCCCUCCUACCUCCGACUCCAGAAAUAAAGACCAGGACUACGCCAGCCCUCACUGCAACCGCACCUUCACCCCAAACAUCGGCUUUGUCAGCCACUUACGAAUCCAUCGCACAGAAGCUGGCGAACCAGUGCCUGGAGCAGCAACCUACACCCGACGCACUCGCCUGCACUACCCACACUGCCCUCGUACCUUCACGCAUCGCAUGGGCCUGUUCGGCCUAA